CCAGUGUCGCAGCCUACGUGUCAAAUUGGACCUCAGUAUCUUCAAAAAAAACAACAAUGGCUCGACGGCACAUCCUGAAAAUGGCUGUGACCUGCACGUUGGUUUUGGUAUCAGCUGGUUUGUUCAUCAUCAUCCUUCUAAAGCUCAGCAACACUUCCACAGCUGAUUGGCUGCAUGUCUUCUGGUCCAGGCAGAACAAGAGCACCCCCAGGCUCUCAGCUGGCUCAUGUGUUUCGGACAGACGUUGUCCAGAUGACCACUUCAGCUUCUAUAUGCAAAGCGGCGCUGCUGACGUGGUGGCACCAAAGAUCUGCGUUCAGAACAAACUGGUUCUGGGGUCAGUACUGAAUAACGCGGGGCCGGGAAUAAAUGUUUUGGUUCUGAAUGGUAAGACGGGGGCCGUGGUGCAGAGUGACCACUUCAACAUGUACAGUGAUGAAGACAAACCUCUCAUUGACUUCCUGAAGAACAUCCAGCAAGGUUCUAUUGUCCUCAUGGCGUCCUAUGAUGACCCGUCCACAAAGCUUACAGAUGAAGCCAAGAAGCUGAUUGGUCAACUUGGAAGUUCUGUCGUCCAAUCACUGGGGUUCCGAGAUAAUUGGCUCUUUGUUGGGGGCAAAGGAGAAAUGGUCAGCAGCAACUUCGAGAAGCUGCUAAGGAAUGACAAAGAAAAAAACAAAUACCAGAACUGGCCCGAGCUCAUCCAGCUUGAAGGAUGCAUCCCAAAAUCUUUUGAGUGACCUUACAUGCUGGAUCAACUGCAAGAUGCUGUUUUUAUUUGUUUUACCUAAAAAAAUUAUGGAAACACUUCAGUGUAUGUGUGAGUACAGUAUGGUUCAAUCGGGAAGUGAUGUUUUUGAAUAUGAAAACAUGUUAUGAAAUGAUGUAGACCUAAAUUAUUUUCUACUGUUGUGUUUAUUCAUUGUUAUGUUGUUAGUAAACGAAAUAUUUAAUAAUACUAUUUGUGAAUUGCUGGGGAAGCUUACAAAUAAAGGUUGACUUUUUCUUAUCACAUUUACAUGGUUAAAAUUAAUUAAUAGGAAAGUUUGUGUACACUGGAUGUGACUGAUUUUUUUGCGUUUGAAUUUUGUGAACUUAAUUUUUUACGUCAAGCUAUGCUGACAAUUUUAAUGUAUAAAAAUGUGUAAGCAAAAUGUGUUAUUUGAAAAUUCAAUGUGUCAAAAAGGUUUUUAAAAAUCAGUGUAUCAAUAUUUAGUGUAAAAAUCAGUAUUAAAAAAAGU